UGCCAGAUUGCAGAAAUACUGCAAUACUCCUGUGACCUCCAAUCGGGGGAAGAUGGACGUCCUCAGUUUCAUUGUUUUCCUGUGCCUCGAAUAUUCAGGAUAUGUCCCGGGAGGCCAGCCAUAGAAAUCACUCGAACAGUGAAGAUUGACAUCGCGACUGGUGAAGUUAACAUACCUCCGGAGUCCAGCCAAUACCUUCCAAAAGGGAAAGUUUGGCGAGAUGUCGACCUCUAC